GGAGCGACGGCUACAAUGGAUCCUCCUGCGGGCUUUGUGCGCGCCAGGAAUCCAGCUGUCGCCGCCCCGCAGAGCCCCCUGUCCCCGGAGGGCGCGCAUUUCCGGGCCGCCCACCACCCAGAUCGCGUCUGCAGCCGCUGCCCCGGCAGCCUCGAGCCGCUCCCGCCCGCUCCGUGGCCCACGGUCCCGCCACUCCGCGAAAUGCCGGUCGACUUCAACGGGUACUGGAAGAUGCUGGCCAACGAGAAUUUCGAGGAGUACCUGCGCGCGCUCGAUGUUAACGUGGCCUUGCGCAAAAUCGCCAAUUUGCUGAAGCCGGACAAAGAGAUCGUGCAAGAAGGCGACCACAUGAUCAUCCGCACGCUGAGCACUUUUAGGAACUACAUCAUGGACUUCGAAGUUGGGAAGGAAUUUGAGGAGGAUCUGACUGGCAUAGAUGACCGCAAGUGCAUGACCACGGUGAGCUGGGACGGCGACAAGCUGGAGUGUGUGCAGAAGGGCGAGAAGGAGGGACGUGGCUGGACCCAGUGGAUCGAGGGUGAUGAGCUGCACCUGGAGAUGAGAGUGCAGGGCGUGGUCUGCAAGCAAGUGUUCAAGAAGGUGCACUGAGACCUGCAGAUGACCUUGGUCUCGAGGAAUGAGUGGCAUGGACUUGCGGGCAGAUCUGCCUCUGCGCAGCAUGGGACAGAAGUGUCCAGCCACUCCCAGGCACCUGUUAGCAGAAUCUGUCUCUUCACUUUGUCCUUUCUCCUUUCUUUUCUUCAAACAAAGCCAUUUCAAUAAAGUGAUCUGUCUGAGA